AUGUUUCUUACAAAACUUAAAAAUAAUGUUUGUUCAUUCUAUUUACUUACUGCAGAGAUUACCGACACUUUAACUCUUCUUAUUUAUGUCCUGCCAGCAACUGUUGGCCUUAUCUACCGGAAAAAUGGAACACAAACAAAUCUUGUCUGGUGUAAAUUAAUAAACUGGGCAUCUGAUACGACAAAUUUAAUUUCAACGUUAAUGCUCUGUUUGGCCUCUAUCGAUCGUUACUUAUGUUCAUCACGUCGAAUACAAUUGAGAAAAUGGAGUUCAAUGAAAGUUGCCAAAAUCUCAGUUGUAAUUGUCACUUUCUGUUCAUUUCUUCUUGCGAUUCCAGAUAUUCUCUAUUGGAAUAUUGAUACAAACAUUCAACAAUGUGUUGAUAAUGAAAUUUAUUUACAAUAUGCUUCUUAUUUUCUCAUACCUGUAAUGUUUUCAUUCGUUCCUCUCAUUAUACUCUCUGUAUUCGGAUAUAAAACUUAUCGAAAUCUUCAACAUAUUCAUCCAGUUCAUCAAGGUGACGAUGUAGCUAUUGUUUCAAAUCAUCAACAAGCACAUCGACGUCAACGUCUCGACAGUCAACUUUCACGAAUGUUAAUACCGCAAAUUCUCUUAUUUUUAUUUCAAACUAUAACAUUCUUUUCAGUCAACCUCUAUAUAACGGUGACGUACGAGUUGCCGAAGAGUGAUUUACGAAUGGCUAUGGAAAAUCUAUUUCAAUCAAUUAUAUUUGUUUUCUAUGAGACAUACACAGCUGCUAGUUUUUAUAUUUACUAUGCACAUUCUAAAGCGUUUCGAGUUAAUGUGAAAAAAUUGCUAAUGAAACAUCGCCGAAGAGAUGACAAUGCAACUGCAGUAACAAGAAAUACAGGUGCGCCUGUUAGAUAUCAUUCUGGUACCGGUAUAACUAUGCCUGCCGGUCACUAA